AUGUUUCAAUUUGCUAAACCUGUUCGAACUUACGGAAGGAAGAAAGAAGUAAUAAUUUCAAUACCGAAAUUGGUUAUUCCAUCUUCAGAUAACAAUGAAAACAAGAAUCAUGUUCCAGCAAAUAAAAAUAUAAAUAGAACCGAAACAGAGGAAGUUGAUAAUUCUUUGAUUGAUGAUCCUUUUGAAACAACAUUUGAUAAACUUUUUAAAAAUAUGAGAAUUCCACCACCAGUACAUAAGGCUGAUAAUGAUACAAUAUUAUUGAAUAGUUCAGACGAUAAAACUACUAUCAAUGAUCACAAAUCUUCAUUACACGAGGUAGAUGAUUUCAACGCAAAACCAAUUCCUAAACGAAAAAUGAACCACAGAAAGUCAAAAGUCAAAGUUAUUAAGAAGACAAUUAAAAAGAAGAUUGUAUUUCAAAAUAAUGGAAAAUUUAAAUUGCAGAAGGACAAUUCUCAUAAGUACAAGUUACGUGAAAAGAGAAAUAAUAGCAAAAUUUCAUCCAAAUACUUUGAUAUUGAUUGUUUAAGUUUUAUUUAUGAUGAAAGAAAAAUUUCGGAAAUUAAAAAUUAUAAUCAAGACAAAAGAAAAGUUUACAACAAGAAACCUUUUGUAGGAAAAAAGAAAAGAGGUACUAAUAUGUCAAGUGUAAAAUUUUCCAAUGACAUGGAAGUAAAACCAUGUUUUGUUAAUUUGGGUAAUUCCAAUAUAUCAAAAUGGAAUACAAAUGCAAUAGAAAAUAAUUUAUCGAACGGAACUCACCAAUUGUCAAACCAAUAUAUAAAUACUGAUAUCAAUAUUGAUAAUUUAGAGCAUAAUAAUACAAAUAUGAAACAUUGUUUUAUUAAACUAGAACAAUUAGAAAUUGAUUCAUAUAAAAAGCCACUUAACUUCAACAAAAAAAAUGAGAAUGUGUUCAAUAGCACACCUAAUAGUAGAUCUAUUAGACCUUCUGCACAUUUAAUUUCUUUAUCGCCAAUUUCUGUUGAACAUUUUGAAAAAUUAGGAGAUUCUAAUAUAUAUGCAAACAAUGCUUUACCUUAUAGAAAUAAUGAAGCUUGUUUAGGGUCCGAACUAGUAAGUGAUGAUUUGUGCAAAAAAUCAAAUGAAGUAGCAAGAUAUGAGCUUGAAGAUAAAUCUAAGUCAUUAUUUAAUUCUUUAUCAAACAUAUCUAACUUAAGCAAGUGUAAUUUAAACAAAUCAGAAAAUACAGAUAAAAAAUAUUCUAAUUUAUUGACAAAACUUAGUUGUAAUACUAAUGCCAACUAUAAUCAGAAAGAAUUCUUCACAAAAGAAGAUUUAGUACAAGAUAAUUCAAAAAGUGGAAUCAAACAGAGUGAUAUAAAUAAAUUAAUAUUAACACAAGAACAUAAGAUUCCAAGUACAAAAACAAGUAAACAUUAUUUAAGAUUUUCUGUUGAUGCAAAUAAAUCAUGUUCUUUAUUUGAUGAUAGUAAUGAAAAUAAUACUAAAGUACAUAAUAUAGAAAAAAAAUGUAAUAGUAAUAUAGCAGAAGAUGAAAAAAGGACAGUAUUAAUUAAUGAAAUGUUAUCAGACUUCAUUAAAUUAGAUGAAAAGCCAACUUUAAACAUAAAUUAUGAUAAGGAAGUAAUAUUUAAUAAGAUAGAAGAAUUGCCUGAGACUUUAAUUCCAAUUAAAUUGACAACAUCAGAUUCAUCUGUUGAUAUAACAAUUGAAUUAAAAACUGAAGAAAUAAGUAAUAAGACCACUGAAAUAGUGGAUGAUGUAUCUUGUCAAAUUUUGUCAGAUAGUAAAAACAUAUUAAAUACAAAAAAUUCUCCUGAAAAUAGUUGUAUGAAACAUAAUAUACUGCAAUCCUAUGUAGUAUUAGAACAAUUACAAGAUCCUGUUAGAGUUACAAAGAGAAAAAAAUAUACUAAAUGGGAUCUUGAUCUAGUUGCUAUUGCAGAAAAUUGUAAUGAUAAUAUGGAACAAAGGGAAAAUCAGGUACGUUUUAAAAAAGCAAACAAUGGUAGACAAAUGUUAUCACAAAAGAAAUUAUCAGUAUUAGAAAAUAUAAUGGAAGAAUCUACAAAUAAUGGCUGUAUAAACAUUAAAAAUCCUAUAUACUUAAAGCCAGGCAAGUCCUGGGCAAGAUCUUUAUCAAUUUUGAAUAAUGUACAUACUGAAUUUAAUUUGGAUGAAUUAUCUGUUGGCAAAGGUAAAAAAUGGAGACAUAGUGUACAAGAUAUUUUAAAUAUGCAAACACAAGGAAUUAUACAAAGUUGUAUAAAAAAAAAUGAUAAAAAAUUACAAAUAACUAAUGAAUUAACUAACAAAUCAUAUCAUGAAUUGAUUAAUAACAAAGGAAAAACUUAUGAUUCUACUAAUCUUAGUCGUGUUUCAAGAAGAAUAUCAAUUCGUGUUGUUCCAAUUUGUAAAACAGUAAAAUCUAUCGAAGAUGCACCAUUUCUUGAAGUCUAUGGUAUUGUACCUAUUAAAAGUCAAAGAUUUACAUUAUUAAAUAAUCCUCAAAAAUCUUCUACAUGCAAAAUUCAAAGUGAUGAUAUUGAUGACCAAAUUAUUGAGGAACAUAUAGUUUCAACAGCUAGAGAAGUCAUUUUACAAAGAUGUUUACAAAAAGAUUAUAUACCAUUUUCAUUAUAUUUUUCAGAUUCAUACUUGCAACAUUGUCGAAAAAUUGGAGAAGGAGUAUAUGGUGAAGUUUUUCUUUAUGAACAGGAAAAUAAAAAAUCUGUUAUAAAAAUUAUUCCAAUAGAAGGUAACGAUUGUGUUAAUGGAGAACCACAAAAAAAAUUUCAUGAAAUAUUAUCGGAAAUCGUAAUUGCAAUGGAAUUACAUAGUUUAAGAUUCAACACAAAUUAUAAUACUGAUGGAUUUGUAGAGGUAAAAAAUAUUAAAUGUAUAAAAGGGAAAUAUCCCGAAAAACUUUUAGAAUUAUGGAAUAUCUAUGAUGAAGAGAAACACUCAGAUAAUGAUUGUCCAUCAAUAUUUAAUGAUGAUCAAUUAUAUAUUGUUCUUGAACUUGCACAUGGUGGUCAAGAUUUAGAAGCAUUUGUAUUUAAUACUGCAGAAGAAGCACAUAUUUUAUUUAUACAGACUGCAUUAGCGUUAGCAGUUGCAGAAAAAGCUGUUGAAUUUGAACACAGAGACUUGCAUUGGGGAAAUAUAUUAAUAUCUCCAACAGAUAAUGCUUAUGUGCAUUAUAAAUUUGGACAAAAAAAUAUUGAGUUAAUUAGUAAAGGUGUAAAGGUGUCUAUUAUAGAUUUUACACUUUCAAGAAUACAAUAUCAAGGAUGUAGCAUAUUCAAUGAUCUUGCAUCAGAUCCUACCCUUUUUACAGCUCAGGGUGAAUAUCAAUUUGAAAUAUAUCGUUUAAUGAAGAAUAAAGUUAAAAACAAUUGGCAAAUAUUUGAACCUUAUACAAAUAUUUUAUGGUUACAUUACACUUUAGAUAAAAUGAUUACAGCAGUUAGGUAUAGAAAAAGAAAUUUAAAAAUUCAUAAAAAUGGUAUAAUUAAACUUAAAGAGUUGAAAAAUGAAGUUUUAAAAUAUAAUAGUGCCUUCGAUUUGAUAACAAAUUGUGAUAAAAUUGUUAAUUUAUUACAUGUUAAUUCAUAAUCUAAAAUAAUACUUGUGUAA